CUCCAUGGGUUGAGGAAAACAGGUCAUUGUUGACGCACCUCCUCACUGGGAUAAAUAGGUGGCGUUAUGUCGGAGUCUUCAUUCACACCACGACACACACUGUAAACAUUAAAACAUAACACGGAAACAGACGAAAUUGGCUUUUAAAAGUUUUAACAUGCGGAGCAAGUUGUUGGUCUCGAUCGCGCUGGUGGUGUGUCUGGGGAUCGCAACACACGCCCGUCCCCGGCAAGAAACACCCCCAAAGAAGAAGUACCCACCUCCUGGGAGCUUCAAGACCCUCGACCCCCCGACAAACCUCACCAUAGACCAGAUUCUGACCAAACAGUUGGGUGGCAUUGACGUUGCCGCCCACAGGAUGGUCGCCCCAGGGGAGCACAUCCUUGCCGAGUUAGACAUGAUGCUGACACAGGAACAGUUCCUCAACUUGUACCAGAUGCCAAGCAGUGACAAGAAGAUGCACUCUACAUCAGGCCGGGAGAAGCGGAAGGCGGCCAGAGAUGUCUUACUGCGAUGGACCAGCUCCGAGAUACCCUAUACAUUUGCCCCGGGUCACUUCGAUAAGAAGGAAAGGUUCAUGAUCAAGCAGGCGAUGACAGAGUGGGAGCGGUACACGUGCCUCAAGUUUCGACCCGCUCAGGCCGCAGAUCCUAACGUUGUCCGCUUCCAGAAUGGAGAAGGGUGUAGCUCCCAGCUGGGGAUGGUCGGAGGAGUUCAGACACUCAAUCUAGAAGCGCCAGGAUGCAGAUUUAGAGGACUGUACCUGCACGAGAUUGGUCAUGCCAUCGGCCUUGUCCACGAGCACCAGCGCCCAGACAGAGACGACCACAUUCGCAUCCUUUUCCAGAACGUUGCUCCGCACAUGCGUGUAUGGUUCAACACGUACUCUCGAGCCAAGGUGAACCUGUACGGCGUCGACUACCAAUACUCCUCUAUCAUGCACUACGGUAUCACGGCGUUCUCGUACAACGGGCGGGCCCAAACUAUCCAGGCUCUGGACGCCGAUAGGGAGGAGGAGAUUGGCAAGGUGUUCCUCAAGGAGUUGGCCCUCUCUGACAUCAAGACGGUCAAUCUCAUGUACAAGUGUGGAGACGGGUGUCCGGCCAACAUCCGGUGUAAAGAUGGCGGCUUCCUGGACCAGACAUGUCGCUGUAUUUGUCCCGACGGGUCACGUGACUGCCAGGAGGGCAAGACCACACAAGCUGCCAAUGAUGAGACCUGCAGCAACGUGUACGACGACUGGCAGUGUUGGAUUUGGGCGAACUCCGGGGAGUGUGACCGCAACAGCAAAUUCAUGACCAAGAACUGCAAGAAAGCCUGUGAACUGUGCGGGCCGAGGACUGACGGGGCGGAGGAAGAGAACCACUUCACCACAUGGGCGUGGCAGUGGUUUGGGAUUUUUACAAAUAUUGUUCCAAAGGACUGGAUCAUAGGUAUAUGUAAAGAUAUCUACUCUGCCGAGAAGUGUGCCAAAUGGAGGCAACAUGGCGACUGCGCCACCAACGAGUGGUGGAUGUCCCGGAACUGCAAGAAGACGUGCAACGCCUGUGGGAAUAAAGAGACCCGCCCUGAGACUAAGUGUAACAACAAGCACAACAGUGUGGAGUGUGACAAGUGGGCGGUGGAGGGCGAGUGUCAGAUCAACCCCAAAUGGAUGGCCAAACAUUGUCAGAGAUCUUGUCAGGUUUGCCACACGUCAACCAACAACGACGACGACGAGGAGGAGAACGAAGACGAAGGUGUGUGUUUGGACCGCCACAGUGACAAGGCUGCCUGUAAGCGCUGGGCCAGCAAGGGGGAGUGCAGCGCCAACCCAGUGUGGAUGAUCCCCAACUGCAGGAAGUCCUGCAACAAGUGCGAGGACGGAACGUGUAAAAAUGUGUAUGAGGAUCGCCAAUGCGACAUCUGGUCGUCUGAAGGCGAAUGUAAGAAAAAUCCGAACUGGAUGGCAAACAAUUGUGCCGUAUCGUGUAACAAGUGUUCAGGAACUGGUUCGGGAACAGGCACCGGGACCGGAACUGGAACUGGAACUGGAACUGGAACUGGAACUGGAACUGGAACCGGUACGGGUACGGGCACUGGGACCGGAACCGGAACCGGAACCGGAACCGGAACUGGAACAAAUGGAACAGACAAGACAUGUAAAAACAGUCAUAAUGAUGUGGAGUGCAGGACGUGGGCAAUGAAUGGCCACUGCGACAUCAACCCGUCCUGGAUGCUCACCAACUGUCGGAAGGCGUGUAAAGUCUGCCAUACGCAGACAAUCGUCCCGGACGCCCAGUGCAACGACCGAGAUGGGGGAUGCGCCAACUGGGCGAAGUACGGCUUCUGUGAGAGCAACCCCGGAUACAACCUCAUCUACUGCAAGAAAUCGUGCAACAACUGCAACGGUUGUCGAGACGAGCAGUAUUUAUGUUCGGUUUGGGGUAGAGCCAAUCACUGCAUUACGAAUCCAGUCUACAUGUUACGUCACUGCCAGAGGUCAUGUAACGUCUGCAGGUCAUAGGGCAUGCGCAGAGGAUGUAUUCACUUACAUGGAGAUAUGUUUCAUUUGUAUGUGAUGUCAUGCCCUAGAUACAAUGAAAAAUCCGUUGUAUGGCUGCACCUAUUAAGUUGUUCUGUUACAAUAUACAUGUAUGCAUGUUCUUAUGGGACUACAAGGCCGUUGCCAAAUAGCAGAUAGUAAGCAAAAUUUGAGAGGCCCUCUUCAAUCGAACUGAACGUCAAAACCAUAGGAGGACCACCAAGGCGGGAAGGUGACACAUAAUUUCAUGUUUUAUAUUUGUUUAAGGCCCAAACUGUUGUUAAAUAGAAAUAUGUUUAGCUAUAUUGUAUGUGGCUGUUGCAAUGUGUAUCUGUGGUUCACUUAUAGGUUUCACAGUAGCAUCAUAUUUUUUUUUUCGAAUAAAGUAGUAAUUAAGAUCCACUGAAUUCUUUAUCCGCAAUCUGACAACUUCGAAAAUUGUUCGCAUCGCGUUCUUAGAAAUAAUUUCACGGCACCCUAUAACAUUACAAGUAGCAGUGCCUUAUUACAUUCUGGAUUAGGAGAACAACUUUUUUCUCGUUUAACUUGAGUCCUACACUUUAAUAAAACAUACAUUAUGUAGGAAUUGUUGAGGAAACUCAGUAUUGGAGAGAACAUGGAUCGAACAACUAACACACUGGUGUCAUUCAGUUUAUUUUACAGCAAACAUUGUAAGUGAUCGUCCACAUAAACAGAUACAUUAACAUCCAUAAAAUACAUAUAUCACUGUAGUGCUUGUUAGUAGUACGUUGUUGAUGUAUAUAAUGUGACAUUGACAGAAUAUGACAGCUGAAAUAACAAAUGUAACAUAGAGGGGAUAACCUUUAUUAACAUGUAAAGUAUUCAAAGAUGUAUAUCACUAUAUAUUAGUAUUUGUCUGUACAUUGGUAAUGAGAUCCAUUCACUCAGGCCAGAGUUUGACCCAAGGUUAACCACCUUCCACAAAAGCAAGGUUUGUUUCUCCAGUUGUCUCCCCUUCUUUGAUAUCUUUGGUCAUGUGAUUACUGGUGUAAGCCUUGACGGUGAACAAA